AAACGCAGGUGAAGGGGAGAAAAGCCGACGAGGGACUAGAUCUUGAUCUGGUGCUGCGACUGCAGGCACUGCACCUCUUGUCAUGGCGUCGCCGGGCAUCCUUCCGUCUUCCCCGCUCCAAAAGCUCGGGACCUUCAAGAGCCCUUCCGCCGCCGACACUGCCGCUUCCUCCGCCGACGCCUCCUCCUCACCUUCGCCCCUCGAGGCCUUCGCUUCCGAUCCCAUCUUCUCCGCCUUCCUCUCCCCCGAAUUCGAUUCUGUGCGCUUCUCUUCUCAGGCCCUAAGCUCCGGCUCCGCCGCCGCCCUCGCUGAGUCCCUCCAGGAUGCCAUUCGCCUCCUUCAGAGCCAUCUUCGAAAGGAGGUGCUGUCCCGCCAUCCUGCCCUUCUUGCGCAGCUAGCCUCUCUCCGCUCCUCUGAGUCUUCCCUCGCCGCAGUCCGCUCCGGCGUCGAGUCCCUUCAGUCCUCCCUCCGCCGUUCCCGUCUGGAUCUCGCCGAGCCUCGCCAGGUGGUUCGUGCCCACACUAUCCAGCUAUCCAACCUCCACGCCGCUGCCGAUCUCCUCGCCUCCGCUGCCAGACUCCUCCGUCUCUCGCGCAGGCUGCGAGAUCUCGUCUCGUCAGGCACUCCUGACCGUCUUGACCUCUCCAAAGCCGCUGAGAUGCAUCACGAGAUCGAGCUCCUCUACCAGGAACGCGGCCUUUCCGGUAUCUCCGUCGUCGAGGACGAGAUACGCUGGCUCUCGGAGAUAGGGUCUCGCCUGAGGACUGAGGCUAUGAAGACCAUCGAGAGGGGCAUGGACGAGUCCAAUCAGAACGACAUUUGGUGUGGCCUUCAGGUGUUCUACAACCUUGGCGAGCUUAGAUCUGCUGUCGAUACCAUUGUCAGCAAAUAUAAGGGUAUCGGGGUCAAAAGCGUAGGAACGGCGCUCGACAUGAAGGCGAUCUCAACAUCAUCAGCGGGUUUUGGUCCUGGCGGGGUUCAAAGGAGCGGGACACCACAGAUUGGGGGAGGGAAGAGGGCUACAGAUGCCCUUUGGGAAAGGAUGGGGAAGUGCAUGGACGAACUUCACAAGGUCGUGACUGCGGUGUGGCAUCUACAGACCGUGCUCUCAAAGAAGAAGGUGCCAUUUACGCAGGUCCUAUUCCUCAAUGAGGUCUGGCAGGAGGGUGAUCCUCUAUUAACAGAACGGGUCUGGGAAGCACUUGUGAAAACUUUUGCUAGUCAAAUUAAGUCUGCUUUCACAGCAUCUAGUUUUGUCAAAGAAGCAUUUACACAUGGGUAUCCAAAGUUAUUUUCUAUGAUUGAGAAUCUUCUUGAAAGAAUUUCGCGUAACACUAAUGUGAAGGGGGUUCUACCUGCUCUGAAUCCUGAAGGAAAGGAACAAUUGGUUGCUGCCAUUAACAUAUUUCAAACAGCAUUUCUUGCUUUAUGCCUAAGUCGUCUUUCAGAUAAUGUAAAUAGCAUAUUUGCAGUGUCUAAUCGCGGAAGCAUUCCAUCAAAAGAGCAGAUCUCUAGAAUUAUAUUGCGUAUCCAAGAAGAGAUUGAAGUUGUGAGAAUGCACGGGCACCUUAUCCUCCUUGUUUUGCAUGAGGUUGGCAAAGUUCUUCUCUUGUUAGCAGAGAGGGCUGAAUACCAGAUCUCCACUGGUCCUGAAGCUUGCCAAGUCACUGGUCCUGCCACUGCAGCCCAAAUCAAGAAUUUUUCUUUGUGCCUGCAUUUGCAGGAGAUACAUGCACGUGUUUCUCACACAACUUCUUCACUUCCAGCUAUAGCUUCAGAUGUCCUGUCUCCUUCACUUGGCGUCAUCUAUGGAGUUGCGUGCGACUCAGUUACCUCCUUAUUCAAAGCUAUGCUUGAUCAAUUGGAAUCCUACAUACUGCAAAUCCAUGAGCAAGAUUAUGGAUCUGCAGGAAUUGACUCAAUGUUGGAUAACAAUGCCACAGGUUACAUGGAUGGGUUACAGAAAUGCUCACUCCAUUUUCGAAAUGAGUUCCUAUCCAAGCUUCUGCUUUCUUCCGGCUCUCAUUCUGAGACUAUAUGCACAAUGCUAGCUCGUAGAAUGGCUUCUCGAAUUUUAAUCUUCUUCAUCAGACAUGCUUCUCUUUUGAGACCUCUGUCCGAGUCAGGUAAGCUGAAGCUGGCAAGAGAUAUGGCUGAGCUGGAGCAUGCUGUUGGCCAGAACUUGUUUCCCGUGGAACAACUUGGUGCACCAUACCGAGCACUUCGUGCUUUCCGACCUAUCAUCUUUUUGGAGACAGAUCAGCUUGCAGGGUCUCCAUUACUCAAGGACCUGCCACCCAGUGUUAUACUCCACCACCUUUACUCUAGAGCUCCUGAUGAGUUGCAAUCUCCAUUACAAAGUAAUCAGCUGACACCUAAAAAGUACUCGAUAUGGCUGGAUUCACACGGUGAGGAUCAGAUUUGGAAAGGAAUUAAGGCUACACUUGAUGAUUAUGAGAGAAAGGUCAGAGCUCGAGGAGACGAGGAAUUCAGUCCUGUGUAUCCACUGAUGCUUCAGAUAGGGUCAUCAUUGGUCGAGAAUACUUCUCAAUAGUGUUAUCCGAUCUGUUUCAGGAGCUUCAUUUGGUAGAGGCUUUAACAUUUAGAAACAUGUUUUUUUUAAGGUUGUCUUCCCCCUAGUUUGGAAUUUAUACAAAGAUCUACAUCAUGGCAGAUGAGGCAGGUGAAAAUAAUAUGUUUAUAUUGAAUGCCUACAUCAUUGUUUUGAUCAUUCCAUGAAGUUCAUUAUGUACCUUGAUGGUUAUUUAAAUCUUACAUGUUUUGGCGGCGACA